UUGUCAACUCAAAUCAUCCGUCACCGAUCCAAGUGAGCUGUGGUUUUGCGUCAGGAUAGUUCUGCGGAAAGGUGAGAGCGAACCGAAAAUGUCAAGCAUGAAAGAAUCCAUCGUCGAACUAAUGUUCCUGGCGUCGAAAAUUGGUAACCCCGGUGAUAGGGUUCGCGUCACCGAAUGGAUUAGGAAACUGUCAGAAACGGCUGCCGAACCCGAUGCUCAUCCACGGCUGGUGGAGGAAUAUAUGGACUAUCUGAAACUUUUGCUGUCUUCGUCGCCGAUUUAUUUCGUGAAUCCCUUCAAAAGCUAUCCGCCUAAAAAUCACCGUUUGGUUCCGCUGGCAGAAUCGUUGGGGAAUUCGCUGGCCAACGAGUGUCCGUAUCUGCCCCGAAGUGGACCGUUGAAGCCCAUUCUGCUGCACCGUUCCGAAGACGAUACGGCCGUCAUUUCCGUUCAUCAGAAUCAGCAGGGAGAGGUGAUGUGCUAUAUGGCUAUCACUCCGAGGAAUGAGUAGGAAAUUCAAUUUGAUACAAUCAAAAAUAAAUCAUGGCUAAACAGUA